GAUCUCAAAUGUUUUUGAAAAUACUCCAAUCAUCUCAUUUUCCCGCUCAUUCUCAUCUCUAAUCUCAAAACCCCUUUUCCUUCUCUAACAACAUUCACAAACCUUAAAAAAAAAAACAGUAUUAAAAUGUCGACGGCAACAUCAGUUCGCCGGCAAAAAGACCGCGGCGGCGCAGCCCGACCCGCCACAGCAAGAUCCGUAACUCCACUUUCCAACAAAUCAAUUAUUAAUUCCACCGGUAAAGAAAACCCUAGACCCACAUCUCGUGUUCGAGCCGCCACAACAACAACAACAACAACAACAACAAAUCAAAAACCUACACUCCGUGCCAUGCCAAGAAUCGAUAAGGUUGAGACACGUGUCGAGUUGCAGGCACGUGCCGAGCCACGUGCGAGGUGGUCAACGUCGUCGUCAGUUCCGAGAGGUAGGAGUUGUAGCCCGUCAGAGUUUUCCAAGACUUUGUCUGAUAUUAGGAAAACAACAUCUACUAGGGUUUCUGGGAAAGUGACUGAAAAUGAUAAUAGGGUUUUCAAAGAAAUGGAGAAAAGUAGUGAACUUUUGGGGAAAUUUGAGAAGAUCAAGAAAUCUGAAGGAAAAAAUUCUAAAUUUUAUGACAGAGAAGAGCUUAAUACUGAAAAUGGGAAAAGGGGUUUGAAAGAAAUGGGAAAAUUUGAUGUAAAAUCUGAGAGAAUCAAGAAAACUGAAGGAAAAGUUUCUAUUUUUAGUGACAGAGAAGAGCUUAUCUCAAGCUCAGUUUCAGGGAAAAGGGUUUUGAAAGAAAUGGAAAAAAGUGGUGAACUUUUGGGGAAAUUUGAUGUAAAAUCUGAGAAAAUCAAGAAAGUUUCUAAAUUUUGUGAUAAGGAAGAGCUUAUUUCAGUUAAACCAAGUGUGGUUAAUCUUGAUGUAAAAAAUCCUGCUUUAGAUGUAGUAAAGUUGAAAUCUUUGGUUGAGAAAAGUGGGAAUGUUGUUGUUGAGUCUACUGUGAAAGAUUCAAGAUUGCUGACCAAAUCGAACAGUUUUUCUGGAGUUACGAAAGAGAAAUGUGAAAAUGAACAAGGGAAAGUUGGGUCGAGUGGGAAUAAGUACCCAAGUAAGCUGCACGAGAAGCUUGCGUUUUUGGAAGGGAAAGUGAAGAGGAUUGCAACUGAUAUAAAGAAGACUAAGGAGAUGUUGGAUAAGAAUAAUCCUGAUUCUUCAAAGUUGAUAAUUUCAGAUAUCCAAGAGAAGAUAUCCGGGAUUGAGAAGGCAAUGGGUAAUGUAGUCUGUGGUGAUGGUAAAAAUGAGAGUGUGAAUGCUGAUGAGAAGAUAUCUGGGAUUGAGAAGGUGAUGUGUAAUAUAGUUGAUGGUGAGAAAGAAAUAGGUUUGUUGAGUAGCAUUAGAAACGAGGACGUGAAUAUUGAUGAGAAGAGGGAAGCGAAACCUGAGGAUGAUGGGAAAAUUUCUGUGAAGGGAUUAAAUGUAGAGCAAUUAGAGGCGAGGUUGUUCCCUCAUCAUAAAUUGCUACGAGAUAGGACAUCUCUGAAGACAUUAAUGGGUUGUACCAAAAAUGAGGAACUUGAAUCAACUAGUGAAGUGAAGCCUGAGAAGAAAUCUAUUAAUCCUAUUGAUGAGAACCCUAUUGCUGUGGAGUUUUUGGCUUCUCUUAGUAAGGGGCAAUCUAAUGUUCAAGAUGUGGAUGAUGCAGAGAGUUCGGAAAACCAAACUUCCUCUUCGAAACUGUUAAAAGGCAAAGAAAGUGUGGACAAUCUUCUGGCAAGUGAUGAGAGACUUGAAAGUUUUGAUGCUCAAGAGAAUAAACAACCAGCAAUGUUCAUGGAGGAAGAGACAGAAGAUAGUUCUAUAUGUGAGCUCAAUGAGAUUGGCCGUAAGACUUCUACUGGAGGGUGGUUUGUAUCUGAGGGAGAAUCUGUUCUCCUUACGCAUGACGACAGUUCUUGCUCCUUCUAUGAUAUUGUGCAUUGUGAGGAGAAAGCUGAGUACAAACCUCCUGUUGGAGUCUCAUCAAAUAUGUGGAGAGAUUGUUGGAUAGUCCGUGCUCCGGGUGCAGAUGGUUCCUCAGGGAGAUAUGUAGUGGCAGCAUCUGCUGGAAAUUCCAUGGAGUCAGGAUUUUGUUCCUGGGACUUCUACACUAAAGAUGUGCGAGCCUUUCAUGUCGAUGAUGGAUUUAAUAAUACAAGAGCAGCCCUUGCUCCAUUACCUAAUAACCCAAUGUAUAGGAGAAAUACUUUAUCAUCAAUUAUGUCACCUCAAAAUCAGCAAUGGUGGUACAAACCUUGUGGACCACUCAUUGUAUCAGGUGCUAGUUGCCAAAGGUUGGUUAGAACUUAUGAUAUCCGUGACGGAGAGCAGAUGCUGAGAUGGGAUUUACAGAGACCAAUGUUGGCUAUGGAUUACUCAAGUCCUUUGCAAUGGAGAAGCAGGGGAAAAAUAGUGAUAGCUGAGACAGAGGGUCUUUCUUUAUGGGAUGUCAAUUCCAUUAGUCCUCAAGCACUGCUUUCUGUAUCAUCCUCUAGUCGGCAAAUUUCUGCACUACAUGUAAAUAACACAGAUGCGGAGCUGGGUGGAGGAGUUCGACAAAGGGUUAGUUCCUCUGAAGUGGAAGGAAAUGAUGGUGUGUUUUGCACCUCUGAUUCCAUCAACGUUUUAGAUUUCCGUCACCCUUCUGGUAUAGGUCUAAAAAUACCCAAGGUUGGUGCAAAUGUUCAGUCAGUUUUCGCCCGUGGUGAUUCUUUAUAUCUUGGCUGCACUACUGUGAAAUCAGCAGUGAAAAGACAGGUCUCCUCCCAGAUCCAGCAGUUCUCGUUGCGCAAACAGAGGCUUUGCAAUAGCUAUGUAUUGCCAGAAUCAAAUGCUCAUUCCCAUUACACGGCUUUAACACAAGUUUGGGGAAAUUCAAACCUUAUUAUGGGAGUUUGUGGAUUGGGGCUAUUUGUUUUUGACUCAAAUAAGGAUGAUGCAUUGUUGGAUCAAAACAAUGGGCAGAAUUUGAGAGAAGCAAUUGGACCUGAUGAUUUGUAUUCACCUUCUUUUGAUUAUUUGGCAUCUAGAGUUCUCCUUAUAUCAAGAGAUCGCCCAGCUAUGUGGAGGUAUAUGUUUUAAGUUUGUUUUUUAUCUUAGAUAUAGUUGGUAAGAUGUUUUGUAACUUAUUAUGCUUGAUGCCCUUUUAGUUUGAGGUAUUUGGUGUGGUCUUUAAUGUAAUCCAUUUUUCAGUGUGGAGGAACUAUAUAAGAUUUGCCCCUUAUAGCAAUGAAUUAUUGUUAAUUUA